GUGAUGUGAUUGAAGUGUAUUAUGGUGACAAUCGCUUUGGGACAGUGACCGACUCUGGCACAGCAACGCUCAAACCUCGUCCGAGGGUCCGGCCGCUGCUGACUUUCUUACCCCUUAAUGCUCAGGAAUCCCAUGGAGUGGCUGUGCCAACGCCCUCGGUGCCAGAAGACUUUGAGGAAAAAGCAGCUCUUGGCUCCGGCUCCCAGGUCAAUGGGAACUACCGCAUGUACAGCUCAGUGGGGGACCUGCGCCCGCAGGCUCUCGAGGGGGAUGACCUGGACGAAGACAUCCCUCCACCGCCAUCGAUACCCCCACCACCCCCUCCAACAGCACCGGCACCUGCGCCACCACCUCCAGCCUCGCCAGCCCCUAUACCACCUGCAAUGCUGCCAGAGGGUCUGCAGCCCAAGCACUGCCCCGAGCCCCACCUCACCUUCCCCAGGUCCUUCAAGGUGCCACCCCCAGCCCCAGCCCGGUCCUCCUCCAUCCCUGUGCAGGAGAGCCCACCAAUGCAGCAGCAGCCCUUCUCCAGGCAGCCCCAUGCCCGCCCUCCCCUGCCGCCCUGCUUCACCAUACGACCCGCGGCCAAGGCUUACGCAGGAGCAGAAGCUGAGCAAAGAAAUUCCCCGCUGAGGCAGGCUGUCACAAAGCUGGCUGUGCCGACACCUCCACCACUGAGCCCCAAGCUGGGUCCAGCAGUCAGCCAAGGGACGAAUCCUGGACACCGGUUCCCACUGCCAAGCUCUGAGACAGAGAAGAUUCCCAAGCCAAAAAUGGCCGGGAGAGACUCUCCUCCAAAAUCUGAACCUCUCUCUGCGAAUGACCUGGACCUGCCUCCUCCAGACUACCCGACCUGCGAGGACGACUGGAGGGAUGCCGGCAACCUGAAUAGGCUGCGGCACGAGCUGUCAGCCCUCCUGCGCUCCCCACGGAGGGAGGAGAGGCCACCAGAGAAGCCAACUGAUCCCCAGCCUGUGGCUGGGCACCCUGUGGAUGGUGGCACCAACUGUGCCAGCAGUCGGGAGCCCAGUCUCAGUGGGCCCCAGCUCGCCGGACCUGCCAGGAAGGACACGCAGUCACCCAAGGGAGGGGAGAGUGAGAAGAAAGAAGUGCCCAGCAGCCCCCCCAGUGCCAAGGGGGGCUCUCCCAGCACAGCGAUUCCCGCUCUGGAGAGCAGCUCUGCUGUGCAGACCAGCAGCGUGAUGAAAAUCAGGAACGAGCUGGAGGCUGUGCUGUCCCUGAAGAAGGAAGGGAAACCUGCCCUGGGGCUUGGCAGCCAGAAGCAGGGCACUGAGGAUGGCAGCAGCACUGCACACGUGAGGAAGACCCCUCCUGACCCCAGGAAGAGCCCCCCUGACCCGGGUGACUCAGUGCUGCCAAAACCGGCCCCAAGCCUACUCCCAGUGCCAGCAGCUGCAGUGGAGAAGGAUGAGACAGGGCAUGAAGACCAUCCUGCCCCUGCUGCUAGCAAGGCCACAGAGAGCUCCACCCCAGCUCCUGGGUCUCUCAACAGCAGCGUGAGCCCCCCAGACCCACCUCAGGGACAGGCAGAGGAGCCCCCUGCUCCCAUCUCCCCCCCAGCUCCCAUUUCUCCUGCACAGAGCCCAGCACCACAGCCCAGUGCAGCCGUCUUCCAGUACAAAGUGCACCGGGCUGGGGACAGCUCGGCUGAGCAGCCCCAUGCCUUGAGCUCGGCUGAACUGCCCUGCCCCACCAGUUCGGCCAAGAGCCCCCCAGGUGCCUCAGGAGCGGAGCAGGAGGAGGUGCUGAUCCACCCCACUGCCCUUGAUGGGAUUAUUCCACCACCCCCUGAAUUCAGCAAUGAGGGAAAUGAGGCUGAGGGGACCCUACCAAGUCAAGAGGAGAACUGUAAGUGCCCCAGCUUCCCUGACUGCAGCCGGAGCUCGGAGGCACCACGGUACUUCAGGUGGCCCGGCUACGGCCGUGGCUACGGGGGCAACCAUGAGCCGCCAGCCCCACUGCCCUUGGAGAAGAGCAGGAGGAAUGGAGACUUCACGCCCCAGUACCCAGACUACAGCAGCUCUGCUGGUUACUUCAGCCACUGCCCUAAUCCUCGCCCGCUGAUCAAGAAGCGCCUGUACGUUUCUGAGCCUGACAGCUCCUACCCCCGGGCAGCCGCAGCCCCCCGGGGCACAGGCACUGUCAACUCCUACAGCCCUGGGGGGUUCAGCUCCUUGGCUGGGGAGGGCGUUCGCCGCCUGGGCUCUGCCCACAGGAACGGCCCCACGGGCACACAGGGCAGGCGGACGUCCAUUGAUGCUGCUGGGAAAGCUGCGCCGUAUGGCAGCGCCGGGGCUGAUGCCAAAUACAAGGGGCAGAACGGGGAUUUCUCGCCUGCCAGUGCGGUGGCAGCCAGCAGGCCUGCCCAAGGCAGCUCACAUUACAGCGGACCCACCAACACCUUCACGGUCAGGCCUGGGGCACGGCAGCCCAUCUCCUAUGCCUACCAGAGCGGCCACCGAUAG